AUGGGUCUUGAUGAGAUUGGAGACUUUGAUUUUGCAAGUAAUGUUCAAGUGAAAAAUGUAGAAAGUAAAGUUGAUGGUGUUGCAGCUGAAAGCAAAAGAGUGGCUGAUCGUGAAAAGAUUCUUGAAAUGCGUGUAAAGAAGUUAGAAUCUGAAAACAAGUCUUUAUUGAAGAAGAUAGAUACAGAUCAGUUUGAAAUUGAUGUCUUGAAGGUGAGAGUGGUAGAGUUAGAGGAAGAAAAGACUCGCCGAGAUGAACAGAACAAGUACUUUGAACUGAAGAACAAAGAACUUGAAGCUGCGAAGGCGUUGAAAGAGCAUGAAUUUUAUAUGAUGAACAAAGUGAUAGAGAGUAUGCUCGGAAAGUCGAUAGAACAAAGAUUUGAAGAAAUUCAAGUUGAAGAGGUCAGGGCUAAACGCCAAGCUGAAAUUGAAGCUCAGUUGAGAGAUAAGGGCAAGGGUGCUGAAGGCAGUGUUGCAGUGCCUGAAAGAUCGAUUGUUCCAUCACUAGUUGUUGAAAAUCCUGUUCCUAUAUCUUCUGUGUCAGCUAUCUUUGAAGAAGAUGUAUCACUUGAAGAUAUUGCUGGAAAUGAUGAUCAAGAAGAUGAUGAGGAGGAUGAUAAUGAUGAAGAGGGUGAUGACGGAGAGGAUGAUGAUGGUGAAAAAGUAUUUUCUGCGAGUAGACAUGGUUUUGAUGAUGACAAUGAUGACGAUGAUAAUCAGGGAGGUACAUGUGUUACUGUGAAUGAAGCUUCAAAUGAAAAGACUGUUGAUGACUACAUGAAUGAUGAUGCUAAUGAAGUUUCAGAGGGAGCUGAUGGAGAGGGGGAGCAUGUAGAUGAUCAGAAUGUUGAUCAAGUUGAAAAGUUAAUUCUUCGAAUCAAGCCUCAUGUUAAAGAGGGUGAAAUCAGGCAUACUUACACGUUGGAUGAAGUCCUGAAGAUGUUUAAUGUAAAUGAAGAUGAAUUUUCGUUUGAUUUUGAAGAAGAGCUGAACGCAUUCGAUAUCAAUCAUCAACCAGAGUAUGAAUACAAGUAUGUUGAGGAUGCAGAUGUUUAUGAUCGGGUUGAGGUUGAAGAUUGUUCUGAUGAAGAGAGUUUGAAUGAAGAUACUUCUGAAUUUCCAACACUGAUGGAAUUCUUUAGUGAAGAAAAUAGAGAUGAGCUGAGGAGGAAAGUCGCUGAGAUACUGAAAGAUAAGAAUUUCGAUGGUACUCCGAAAGGUCUUUAG